AUGAAGACCCUGGUUGCCACUUGCUCGGGCUUGGAACCAAACCACAAGACCCAAGGAGACAUUGGUGAACGAGUUCUUGAAGAUAGACCGCUAAAUCUCAUUUUUACCCUCUGGUUUGAAACUAAAACAUGGAUGAAUAAACCAUUUAUGGUAUUUUACAUUUCUAGAGAAUGCCGUCUGGUCGUCUUCUCAAUCCAGAGUAGGGCCGGGCUCGGUGCGCGGGCUGCGGUCGCACGCCCAAGCGUGCUUCGGGCUACUCGUGCGCCAUGA